UCAUUCUCACUGCGGUCAAUUGCUGGGACGUGAAAUGGGCCACGCGAGUUCAAGAUGUGUUCACGUUUGCGAAAGUCAUCGCCUUGAUCAUCAUCAUUAUUGCCGGAAUGUACGAGCUUUGCCAGGGUCACUUCGAACACUUCAACUUCGAGAAUACCGAAACGGACAUUAAAAAGAUAUCGCUGGCAGCUUAUGCCGGAUUAUUUGCCUACAAUGGAU